CGCUACCGCUUCCUCUCUGGCCAUAUCCACUAGACGUGACAGAUGGCGAUGCUGCCCGACAUGUUUGCUGUGCACUGGCAUUCUCCCACCAACCGGGGGUGCAGUCGCUCCUCGCCCAACUCCAAUGUUAGUUAACAAGCCAGACACUCAGUUGACACCCUCAAACUUCGGCAGCAGCCAAGCUGCAUAGUCGACAUGGCGACCGAUAAAAUAACACAAGAUUUUUCUAAAGACAGAUAAAAGUCUUCCAAGUGUUUUGGAAUGAGAUUUGUGACGUGAUGCGCAUCCACGAUGUGUGACAUUUGAAGAACAAUUGAGUUCGGAAGAAAAAUCUUGAUUCCAGUGGAAUCUUCCAAUAUUUUUUUAACACUUGCACACACACCCACCCAACCCCUACACACGCUGCCCAGCCAUGCCCGUGCAAGCACCACAAUGGACAGAGUUCCUGCUGUGUCCCAUUUGCACUCAGACGUUCGAGGAGACGGUGCGGCGGCCCAUUUCGCUGGGCUGUGGCCACACAGUCUGCAAGAUGUGCCUGAACAAGCUGCACCGCAAGGCCUGCCCCUUCGACCAGACGGCCAUCGCCACUGACAUCGAGCAGCUGCCCGUCAACACAGCCCUGCUGCAGCUGGUGGGGGGACAGGUUCCCAAGGUCCAGCCGGUGGCCCUUAUCACCAGCCCAGAAGAUGCGCAGCACUAUGAGGAGGCCAGUCAGUGUGUGGAGGAGCUGGCUCUCUACCUCAAACCCCUCAGCAACACCAGAGGGGUGGGUCUGAACAGCACGACCCUGAGUAUGCUGAGUCGACCCAUGCAGAGGAAGCUGGUGACCCUGGUCCACUGUCAGCUGGUGGAGGAGGAGGGCCGGGUGCGGGCCAUGAGGGCAGCAAGAUCUCUGGGGGAGCGCACGGUCACAGAGCUCAUCCUGCAGCACCAAAACCCCCAGCAAUUGUCGUCCAAUUUGUGGGCCGCCGUCCGGGCCAGGGGCUGCCAGUUUUUGGGCCCAGCCAUGCAGGAGGAGGCUCUGAAGCUGGUGCUUCUGGCUCUGGAGGACGGCUCAGCCCUGUCCAGGAAGGUCCUGGUGCUGUUCGUGGUCCAGCGGCUGGAGCCACGCUUCCCCCAGGCCUCCAAAACCAGCAUCGGCCACGUGGUGCAACUCCUUUACAGGGCCUCCUGCUUUAAGGUGACCAAGCGGGACGAGGACUCGUCGCUGAUGCAGCUGAAGGAGGAGUUCCGGACGUACGAGGCGCUGCGGCGCGAACAUGACUCCCAGAUUGUCCAGAUCGCCAUGGAGGGCGGCCUCCGCAUCGCCCCUGACCAGUGGUCCUCCCUGCUCUACGGGGACCAGUCACACAAGUCCCACAUGCAGUCCAUCAUUGACAAGUUGCAGACGCCGGCUUCGUUUGCCCAGAGCGUCCAGGAGUUGACCAUCGCCCUGCAGAGGACGGGCGACCCCGCCAACCUUAACCGCCUCCGACCACACCUGGAGCUCCUGGCCAACAUCGACCCGAGCCCCGACGCCCCCCCUCCCACGUGGGAGCAGCUGGAGAAGGGUCUGGUGGCGGUGAAGACUGUAGUCCACGGCCUGGUAGAUUUCAUCCAGAACCACAGCAAAAAGGGAGCCGACCCACAACAGCCCCCCCAGCACAGUAAGUACAAGACUUACAUGUGUCGGGACAUGAAGCAGAAGGGAGGCUGUCCCCGAGGAGCCAGCUGUACCUUCGCCCACUCUCAGGAGGAGCUGGAGAAGUACCGUAAAAUGAACAAGCGUUUGGUAGCUCGCCUCCCCGGCUCAUCUGGCCUGCUGUCUGACGAUGGACUCUCUCUGGACGUGGGGGUGACCCGGAAACCCUCGCCCCUCACCAAUGGCUCAGCCGUACCCCCCUUGCCCCAGCUCAUUGCCCGUGGCACCGACCUUGUGACCUACGACCUGUUGCGCAAGCCCAAGAUGGACGGCGGGAGCAACAGCUCCCCGGGAUCGCCACCUGACUCUCUGGACUCUGGGCCCAAACAAGGGUACCCCCAGCCACCCCAUGCCAUGGGCUACUCCAGGGGGCCAGGAGACCACAUGUCCAUGCCCAAGCAGAUGCCCAGUGGCGUGGUGCCCCGGGGGCCUCAGAUGUACCCACAGCAGCAGCUACCUGAAAUGUACUACUCCGACUCUCGCCCCACGCCCUCCGCCUCGCAGUACGAGCCCUCGCAGUACCCCCAAGGUUACCCCUACCAGCAGCCCCCCCAGUACUCCACCCAGCGCUACAUCCGAAACCUCCCUGCCCCCAGCGAGCCCGCUGGACCACCCUACCAGGACCCCUAUCCCGGCUAUGGCCCUCCUGAGCGCCCUUACUCAGCUCCCCACUCCGGCCCCCCCUACUCCUACCUUCCCCACUAUGACACCCGGGGCCGCCACGGCCCUUACCCCGGCCCCCCUCCUCCCCCCCAGCCCUACUCCUCGCAGAGGGACGACAUGGUCCGGAUGAGCCCCGCGCCCCUGGAAGGGCCCCCUUACCACCAGGAGCAGGCUGCCAGGGAGAGGUACCCCCCAGAGGGAUUCUACCCACCGGGGGCCCAGCCCCAACCCUUGAGGUCCUACGUCAGAGAGCCGUACGGGCGCUCCUCCCAGCCCAGCCUAGACUACUUGCACCACCGCCGUAAGGAGCUGAUGGCCCAGCUGGAGGAUAGGAAGGUCAUCUCUCCCACCCUCCCCCACACCUUCCCCAGCGACUACCCCCCAGAGUAUGGGGAAGAGAGCUCCAAAGCCUUUGGGAAGUGCAGGGAGCCUGACUACGCGGGCCAGUACUCUCCCUGGUCCUGUGACACCAUCGGCUCCUACAUCGGCACCAAGGACUCCAAGCCCAAAGAUGUCAUGGCGCCCGGUGCCAUGGAGAUGAUGAAUGUGGACGGUAAAGGUAGGCGGGGGGAGCCCUCCAUGGAGGCCCAGGUCAGGCGGGGGACAGAGGUGAAGGACGACGACCCCAUCAUCCCUUUCGGCCCCCAGCCCACUGUGUCGCGCUUUGGGGCCAUCUCACGCACCUCCAAGACAGGCUACCAGACAACAGGCCCCAUGCAGGCCUUGGGCUCCGCCCAGGGACCCAACCCCAAGCACAUGGCCAUAGCCGCGGAGUACUCCUAUGGGAACCACGGAGGCUGGGGCGGAGCCUCCUACCCCUCACACCAAACGAUCUCCUCCUCUCAGGGACACUUCAGUGAAAGGCUGCCUAUGCCAACUCAGGACAGAGAGCAGCUGAAGACUGAGCUCCAACAGGUCAACCAGCAGAUCAACCAACAGUCUCAGAUCCACAGCAUGGAGCUCUCCCAGCCAGGUCAGAACCAGGGCCAGCAGGGGGGGAAGUGGCCUGGUCCAGCGGGGGGUUCCGGCAGCGCUGCCACAGUGUCCAGCGAACAGCUCAGCAUGGAGCUCCACCAGGUGGAGAGGGAGAUUGGCAAGAGGACCCGCGAGAUGGACAUGGACAGCCAGGUGGCUCAUGAGGUCCUGUACAAGACGAAGACUGCAGAGAAUGGCCAGCAGGACCACAAGGCCCAGCUGGAGGAGAUUGCUCUGGCCCUGGGUGAGGUGUCGAAUGGCUCCAGCGGUCUAGGGCAGGACGGCGGUGUGGGCGGAGCCAUGCUGUCACUGACCACUAAGGCGUCAUCGCUUAGCCUGUGUUCUGAGCCAGGACCCGGGGGCUCCGAUCUGCAGAAGAACGGUGUGGUCCAUUCCUGCUCCUAGACCAUACACACUGCGACACACACUGCGACACACACUCACACUCAGAGCCUUUGUUCUAAAGCAAACACAUACUUGUUUUAUUUAGAAGAUGAGCAGUAUCUGCCGUGAUAUGAAUUUUCUUUCUUUUUGUUCUGUGAAUGAGCAUUUUUUUUUUCUCAUGACUUUCAUCGCCUGGAAACCAUUUGAUGACAUUUUAUUUCUCUUGUUUUUUUUUUACUGGGAUUAUAAAACAAGACUCUCAAAGUAGAUCUGUCAAAAAAAGCAAAUGAUGAUGAUAAUUGUUCAAAGAAGGCUAUCCCUCCUACAUAGAUAUCACAUACCAAGACACAUAGUGGAUCGAAGGGUGGAGUAUUUCUCAAUUCUCCCCCUCUAUUUUUGUGCCCAUUACCAGGGUAAGCAACUUGCAGGGACCUAAAUACCCCCAAAGAUGGUUUUAAGGCUGUGAAAUGUAAACGUUCUAUUUCGUAACCAAUUUAGUAUCGAAUCCUAACUCAAGUUAUGGUCGUUUUGGUCUUAUGUACUACAUAGCUAUCAAAAGUCUUGGUGUUUUACGACGUAGUUAUGUCAGCUGUCAUAAGUAUCAUGUAAGUGUCUGUUUAUAAUGCAUUAGGCAAGUCAGUUAAGAACAUUAAGAACAAAUUCUUAUUUACAAUGACAGCCUAGGAACAGUGGGUUAACUGC